ACUAUGUAUUUUUAAUUAAAUUUAUUGUUCGAAGUCAUUAGGAACAGUAACUCAUAGUCCAAACCAUAAAUGAUAAUUCGUUACUCGAUUAUCUCUGGCUAACUAUACAUGUGGCAUAGGACAUAGGAAACUGAAUACAAUUUAUUGUGUAAAAAAUAACAUAAUGGAAAGAUGGAAGAACCGAGUAGCUAUAGUUACUGGCGCAGCAUCGGGCAUAGGAAAAGCGGUUGCCAUAGCUUUAAUGAAAAGUAACAUGAUAGUAAUUGGUGUUGCAAGAACAGAAGACAACUUAAAGAGAUUUAGCGAAGAAAUAGGUGAAUUAAAAAACUGCUUUCACUACAAAGUCUUUGACAUUAGAAAAGAGGACAGGAUUGUAGAAUGUGUCAAUUGGGCAUUAGAUACAUUUGGAAGUGUUGACGUUUUAGUUAACAAUGCUGGAAUUUACGAUGAUACAGGAUUAUAUAAUGAAACAAUGGAGCACAGUAAAAUGAUUAUGGAAACUAAUUAUUUGGCAGGUUGUAUUUUCAUUAAAGAAGUUAUACGAGCAAUGAAAAGUAAAAUGGUAAAUGAUGGUCAUAUUAUUAACAUAAACAGCGUAGCAGGGCAUUACAGAGCUGAUCCUAUAAAAGCAUUUAUACACAAUGCUAGUAAACAUUGUAUAACACUAAGUACCGAUAGUAUAAGACGAAUGUUAGUUAAUGAAGGAAGUAAAAUAAAAAUAACGAGUUUGAGCCCAGGAGUAACAUUAACUCAUUCUGUUAAUAAUAUACAAAAAACCAUACCUGAUAUUAAGUUUUUGCAAACUGAAGACAUAGCUAAUGCUGUUUUAUAUGUUUUGGGAACACCGCCAGAAGUUCAAGUAUGCGAGUUGACUAUUCGUCCAGUUGGAGAAAUCAUGUAUUAAUAUUUAAUGAUCCUAGUUAUUAUUAUUGUUCUUCAGUACAGUAUUUUUCUCUAAACAAUAAUAAAUAAACAUUUUUUCUUUUGCAUUGAAUUAA